GCCGUGCCAACUCUCGUGGUCGUCGUUGUUGCCAGCUGUGGCAUUUCAGGACAUCCUGAGCGUGUUGGAACGUGCCAUCGCAGAAGUGCGCAGUGGUGUGGACGCGUUGGUUCCACCGUCAGAUAGGGAUCCCGCACAUCUACACACCGUGUGCUGGUUAUUUCCCUACAUCUGGCGUGUCUUGCUGGCUCGUAUCAUGGCCACAUUCAGUGACAAGCAACGCCACCUUGCUCAUCAGACUCUGUACUCCCUAGUAAGCCAGAACGUUCGAGGCCGGCUGGGCCAGACACCACUGCAUCUUGUCUGUUCAUCUUCCUCAACGCUGGUGGGACGCUACCAGGCAUGUCGUUUUCCGUCUCCCGACCUUGUGGAUAUGCUGCUGGAAGUGGGUGCCGACGUGAACGCACGUGACGACCUGGGUAACACUCCACUCCACCUGGCCGCCAGCAACCGGCCGUGUCCCCCUGCGCUGGCUAGGGUGUUGUUAGCACAUGGUGCGCACCUGGACGCACGCGACGGUCAAAGGCCGAACCUUCCGUGA